AGAGUUGUGACGUCCGAAGGAUCCCAGAUAGCAAGGACUGCUGUGCAAAUUUGACAGGAAGUGAGCAGUUCAAGAGCUAGUCGCGAGAAGAUUGAGGUAUAAUAAGAAGCCACGUCAUGAAAACUUGACUGAGGAACCAAACGUUCGUGAAUAAUUGUUGUCUUCGAAAGGGAAUAUAACACAAGGGGUAUCGUCAGUCGCCACAGGACUUUGGGACUGUUCGUUUGCCUUUAGGCAAUUCGUUGACUGUGGUCGUUUUGCCAAGAUCGUAUGGAAAGAUGUCAGAUAUCGGGGACUGGUUCAAAACAAUCCCGUUCAUCACCCGGUACUGGUUUGCUGGGUCGAUUGCGGUUCCCUUGAUAGGUAAACUGGGACUAAUCAGUCCCAUGUACCUCGUCUUAUGGCCAGAGAACUUCUUUCACAAAUUUCAGGUAUGGAGACCAAUCACCUCCACCCUAUACUUCCCUGUGGGCCCUGGAACAGGCUUCCUCUACCUAGUCAAUCUUUAUUUCCUCUACCAGUACUCUACCAGGCUGGAAACAGGGGCGUUUGAUGGGCGUCCGGCUGACUUUGUGUUCAUGCUGCUCUUCAACUGGCUCUGCAUCGUUAUAACCGGCUUAAUGAUGGACAUGCAGCUCCUGAUGAUCCCGUUGAUAAUGUCCGUCCUGUACGUGUGGGCUCAGCUGAACAGAGAAACCAUAGUCUCCUUCUGGUUUGGGACACGCUUCAAAGCAUGUUAUCUACCCUGGGUCAUCCUUGGAUUCAACUACAUUAUUGGGGGCUCUGUUGUCAAUGAACUGAUUGGGAACCUGGUGGGCCAUCUCUACUUCUUCCUGAUGUUUAAAUACCCCAUGGACCUGGGAGGCAGGUCCUUCCUGUCAACACCUGACUUCCUGUACCGCUUCCUGCCCAACAGACGAGGGGGCGUGUCUGGGUUUGGAGCGCCACCCAGCAGGAGACCUGCAGCUCCCGAGGCCGGUGGUGGUGGUGGUGGUGGAGGAGGUAUGGGAGGACGUCAUGCCUGGGGAGCUGGCUUCCGUCUAGGGGACGACUGAGGAGACUGUCCUACCGAGUAGCAGGACAAAGACUCUUGUCUCCACUCCUCAAGACUACCGCCGAUGCCCAAAUUAUGCAGAAGAAAGCAGAUUGUUUUUGUAUCCAACUCCCCUUCCUUUGGACUGUUCAGAAAAGAGAUGUCUCAGCUGUGGAUAUGAUCAGCAUGUUAUUCUUUCAGUGCUCUCUUUUACACAAGAUGCCAUAUCUGAUUACACUGUAAUUACAGGGCUCCUCCUAACCAGUGUGUUGCCGCAGCCAGCCUUUUCAGAGCGUGGGUUUGGCUAUUUAGAAAAGAAUUGUUCUGGGAGAGAACAGCCGAAGCACUAAGGACUGAAUUCUCUUUGCUCCUUAAAUAGAACACGGGGCAACAGCAACACUCACGCUGGCUGUGUAGAUAGGCUCAUAUAUAAUAACACAAAACAAUAUUUCUUGUUCACCCCCCCCCGGGUCUACGCGGUUGUAUGAUCACACCACACUGAAUGUUUGUCUGUUUUGAAUGGGGGAGUAGGGUCGAAGUUGUGGGGGAUUGAAAAAUGUAAUCUUCAACAUAGUAUAAUGAUGCAACAAUGCAGUUUGUAUUUUGAGAUAAAAGCCUACGGUUCGUGCUCCGACUGUCCCAGUAGAUGCUUUGGAUCCAUAUCAAACUGCAGUGUCAUGGUUCUGUUUCUCCUUUCAUUUAGCUCUGCAACAUGGCAAUUAAAUGAAACUGAAAAGAUUUGAUGAAUACCCCCAGUUGGUGUGAAAUGGGUAUUAACUGUUUCCACGAUGAGUGAUUUGCUUGUUGCCAACUUGAUUUCCAUUCAGAAGAUGAACCAGGCUAAAUAGCAGCAUUCUUGUCUUGAGGAUGAAUAUUUAGUUAUUCACUAGGGUCAAUUCAACAAGUUAACUGAAAUUACAAUUUGUUUUUACAAUGGAAUUGACCCCGACACACAUGUACAGUGACCUUAUACCAGAGGAUGUCUUUCAGUUGAGUAUCUUAUGAUUUCUUUUCUGGCUGGGUCUGCUUCUAACUUUUGUACAAUGCCAUUUUGUACUUGAGUAAACAGAACGUAACAACUUCAGUUUUUGUUGCAUAAAAAAAAUAUUUGAACAUU